AUUUUCGUCCAAGGACCAGGAAAAAUCAAAAGAGCUAGAGAAGCGACGUGGUAGCGACAUAGCAUAUACGAGCGAACGAAAGUCAAGAAGACUCCAACUACACCUCUACUCCACGUCCAAAAAUCUCAUAUUUGAGGUGCGGGGGUGAUGCUCUAACACGAAAUUUUGCCAGACAUCAGUGAUGACAUGAGCGUCGUAUCCGUAAGUCUACGUAGAGACGGCCCAGGUACAGCCUGGGGUUUCCGACUACAGGGAGGUAGAGAUGUUGGAUGUCCAUUGACAAUACAGAGGGUGUUUCUCGGAUCGCCCUCGGAAGGGGAAAUUCAGAGAGGUGACGUCUUAUUGCAAAUCAACAAUAAAGAUGCAGGAAAACUCAGUCACAUGGAAGCACACGAUAUCAUCAAGCAUGCCGGCAAUAACUUGAACUUAGUAGUGCAUAGAUCUGGUAUUGCGUCUUCUCCUGGAAUUACACCUACUACACCACCCUUCAAGCCUACUGGACAUCCUUUGGCUAACGUUAAACCCCUCCCCUCUUCCGGUAUCAAACCAGGUAUCCCUUCGGCUCCCAAGUUAUUCCAACCGGUAGCACCUCAACCCUCUCAAAAUUCCAAUCUUCCUUGGGUCAAGCAACCCGGCUACGUCCCUCCUCCUACGAGUGCCAAGAUACCUACUUUUUUCCCCACUCCGCAGAACUUCGUAGAAGUGGAGGAGCAAGAAUUUUAUAAAGAGAAUACAAGAGAGAAACAAGCGAUUGUUAAUCAAGCUUAUCGCACGUUUCCUCUGAUAUCUCCUCAUGCAAAACCACGUCAUGAUCUUCCCACAGGAUCCUAUCUUCGACAUGUACAAGAUCCAAAUUGGAGACAAUCUCCUACCAGAGCACCACAAGUGAAUCGGGUGGUAAUGCAGACUCCUUCCCAAGGUCCUCAAGUGGUUCAUAGUCAAUAUAACUCACCUAUCAAUUUAUAUUCUAAUCAAAAUGUAGCCGAAACUUAUGCAGAACAGACUGGAAUGCAGCCGGGAACCAUGCGCCCGGCCGCUAAGAAAUUCACUACUCAACAAUCUCAAACGUCCUCGCCAGCGGCCAAAGGAGGCGAAAAAAUGUCGAGUAUCGUCGACAUCACCAAAUCGCCCACCUACCAAAUGAUUCAGGAGCAGGAAAGUAAGAUGUCUCCCAAACCGGAAGUGGAUGAAGCACCACGCUCUACACCCCAGAAGCGCAUGUACAUUCAUCCCAUCCAGUGCAACGAGGAUCACAGCUUGAACGCUUUCGGCGUGCCACGUGAUAAAAUUCUUCAAUCUGGUAGUUUCAAGUCUUUGAUGACCAUCAUCAACACUCAAUCCGAUUUCUGAACCUAUCUGCCCAGCUUAACAGCAUCAUUUGCCAUGGUUAACUCCUGCAGGAGGUUUGGAUAAGCUCAUUGCUUUCACGAAAUUUCGAGUUCGACGACAAUUUUUGCGACAUUUUUGGAUUACGUACGUUUAAACGCUUCAGGGUUUUCGGGCAAAUUUUCAAUAUUAUCAAUUAUAAUUUAUGUUUUAUGACAUACGAACUGUUUGUGUUGAAAACUUUUGAAUCAACGAUUGCUUAUUUUGUCUUAAUAUUUUUAGUGAAGUACGAAUAACGCUUUCGGCUUAAACGACGAUUUCAUGUAAGAAGUUUUGUCAAAAAAUAACUGCAACUUUUACGAAUAAGCAGCAAUAUUUUAGAUGAUACCAAGCAUUGCAGUGUUCUGUUAAUGUAUAUGAAGUUCGUUUAACAGGACUUAAUAAAACUUCUUCCAAAAAUGCA